AAUUGCUUAUCGUUCACUAAGGCUGAACACUCAAAGCAAAAUAAACCAUGAGGCUGUCCCUGACGGUCCUGCUGGUCACUUUGGCCCUUUGCUGCUACGAGGCCCAUGGGAUUGCCUGUCCGGCCCUCGUUAAUGAACUUUCAGGCUUCCUCUGGAAGCCUGACGCACUCUACAGGCCAGAAUUGGAGUUAUUUGGUGCACCCCCAGAAGCUGUUGAAGCCAAGAUGGAAGUGAAGCAGUGUGCAAAUGACAUGUCCCUUAAAACGAAAACUCUGCUUACGAAAGCACUGGUGGAGAUACUAGUGAAGAAGUGUGGUUCCGAAGAAACCACACUAAAAACACAAUUCCCGGAUUUCUCUUUGGAGCUCAGUGGAAGCGUGUUUAAGUAGCAUCCAUAAAGAUGCAGGUUCGAUCCCUGGCCUCUCUCAAUGGGUUAAGGAUCGGAUGUUGCCGUGAGCUGUGGUGUAGGUCUCAGACAAGGCUCGGAUCUGGUGUUGCUGUGGUUGUGGUGCAGGCCAGUGGCUACAGCUCGGAUUCGACCCCUAGGCUGGGAACCUCCAUAUGCCACGGGUGCAGCAUGAAAAAGACCAAGAAAAAAAAAAAAAAAGCUAUUCCCCAUCUCUAAAUGAUCACCUGAUCUUCUCUGGAAAAUGUAAAGGUUUCAGCGUCUUGCUCAAUAAAUUACUUUCCCUUCUCUCUA